UCAAUUCUACUUCAUGCGGCAAUUGUUUCCAACAGUUGAUUACUGAAGCCAAUCGGCGUUGCCAAAAGAAGAUAGGGUGGCGCGUUUUGGCCCCAAGUUGCAAUAUAAGGUAUGAGAACUACCCAUUCAUUCAGCAACCACCUGUGCCGCCACCUGCACCGCCGCUGCCCCAUCCUGUGGCUGCAGCACCACAGCCACUGCCUGAUAAUGGAGGAGGAAACAAUACAACAAAGAUCGUAUGCAUUACCGUAUCAUCAAUUGCAGUAGUUGCGGCCCUCUUGGGUUUCUGGUAUUAUUCAUCCUUUUGCAGGAGGAGAAGAAGAGAAGAAGAGGAAAUAAGCCAAGCAAUUAUGUUAGGAAACAGGGACUGUUCACAGUCAAUAGACUUCAGGGACGGAUGUAUCCAUGCCAGGAAUCAGGACAACAGUGGAGAAAUGCAUUACUUCAAUUUAAGGACCAUGCAGGCUGCUACAAAUAAUUUUUCUGAUGCAAAUAAGCUUGGAGAAGGUGGUUUCGGCCCAGUUUACAAGGGGAAGCUGAUUGAUGGAAAGGAAAUAGCAGUUAAAAGGCUUUCAAUGAAAUCUAAACAAGGUCUUGAAGAGUUCAAGAAUGAAGUUUUGUUAAUUGUCAAACUUCAACACAAACAUCUAGUAAGGCUCUUGGGAUGCUGCUUGGAAGGAGGCGAAAAGCUUCUAGUCUAUGAGUACAUGGCCAACACUAGUCUGGAUGCCUUCCUGUUUGAUCCAGCAAAAAGUGGAAUACUAGAUUGGGCUAAGCGCACAAACAUUCUUAAUGGGAUCGCUAGGGGCCUUCUAUAUCUACAUGAAGACUCUCGACUCAAAAUUAUCCAUAGAGAUAUGAAAGCAAGCAAUGUAUUGUUAGAUGAUGACAUGAACCCAAAGAUAUCAGAUUUUGGCACUGCUAGGAUUUAUAAGAAAGGUAUUGAAGAAGCGAACACUAACAGAGUCGUGGGUACAUAUGGAUACAUGGCGCCAGAGUAUGCAAUGGAGGGGCAAUUUUCAGUAAAGUCCGACGUUUACAGCUUUGGAGUUUUAAUGCUAGAAAUCAUAAGUGGGAAAAAGAAUAUGGGCUUCUAUCAUCCAGAGCAUGGAGAAAGCCUUCUCUCAAUUGCAUGGCGACUAUGGAAUGAAGGCAAAGGACUGGAGUUGAUAGAUCAGACCUUAGUCGACACUUGUCCUCGAAGUCAGGCUCUGAGAUUGAUCCAUAUCGCAUUGUUGUGUGUUCAGGAAGAUCCCAGUGAAAGACCUACAAUGUCAAUGGUCGUCCUCAUGUUUGGAAGCAGCUCGAUAAACCUUCCUCGGCCAUUAGCACCUCCAUUCUCUGUACGUAGACCUAUCUUUUCUGAUCAAUCUACAACAAGUGGAACCAUGAUAAGAUUUUCGGCAUCUGAUCAAUCUUCAACAAGUGCUUCUACCUAGUCAAGAGAUUAACUGGAGUAUAUAUGCUGUUCCAUCCAUCCACUUAAAAACUUGAAUUUUCCAUUUUGAUUACAGAAUUUCCUUCCUAUCAGGGGAUGCAUCAUUUCCCUGCAAAUACUACAGGGUAUAGAAGUGUAGUACU